GGGAGAGAGGAAAAAAAACAAGAGGGGGGACAGAUGACUUGGUGGAAUUGGGAUAUCACAACAACAAUCCGGAUUUGAAAUGGCGAAGCGGAGAGGACGAGGAAAAGGAGAAGAGGAGUAACGUUGCUGUCCUCCGAUUCUGCAUCCUCAUCCCCUUCAGAUCACAGCCGAGCCGAGAGGAGGAGGAGGAGGAGGAGGAGGUGGAGGAGGAGGAGGAAAAAAAAAAACAAAAAAACAUAGGAGCCGGAGAGAGAUUUUCACACUCCUCACUAUGUCUACGUCUGCCGAGGCGUGUGCGUCGGUCUGUGUGUGUCUCUGAGCUUGUUUCCAGGCCAUGCUGCUGCUGUAGGGGAAUAUCUUCAACUUCUCUGUGUUUUUUUGUUUUUUAAUGGCGUAUGAGUGCAGCAGCAGCAGCAGCAGCAGCAGCAGCAGCAUCAUCAUCCCCGUCCUGUAUCCGUCGGGAUGUGGGGAUGCUCUUAACGUCUGAUUGAGCCGAGCUGCUCUUCCGAGGGGCCUUGUGGGACCGCUGGAAAAAGAAGCCUAGGCCUCGCUUGUCUGGAGCGCCCCGACUGCACGGCUGAGGCGACGGGCCUGCACGGCUGCGCGGAGCAGGAAGGUGGAGGAGGAAGUUGAGGAGGAGGAGGAGGAGGAGGAGGAGGAGGAGGUGGUGGUGGUGGAGGAUGAGAAGCACUCUGAGCCUGCAUGCCCAUGGGAAGCAGCAUGCACGGUCGCUUCUUCUUCGCGUUUGUCACUCCAGACCUGUCGCUGAGGCUCGGAUUGCUUCUUCAAUCGUGAGGUGAUGCUCUUUACAAAAAAGCCGGCGUUUUACAUCCUAAACUGAGAGGAGAGAGGGACAGUCGAGGGAGCCCCCCCCACACCUCCACGCUACCUGCUUCAAACCAGGCCUCCUCCCUCCUCGCUCCCUCUGAGUGAACCGGGAGUUCUUGUUUUUUCUUUUUUUCUUGACGUUCUAAGGAUUUGCCCUAAACCUGUUUCAUGCAUGUCCACUGGAGGCAGGUUUGACUUUGAUGACGGGGGGUCGUACUGCGGGGGGUGGGAGCAGGGUAAGGCCCAUGGCCGGGGGGUCUGCACGGGGCCCCAGGGUCAGGGCGAGUACGCGGGGGCCUGGAGCCACGGCUUCGAGGUCCUGGGCGUGUACACGUGGCCCAGCGGGAACAGCUACCAGGGCACCUGGGCGCAGGGCAAGCGGCACGGCAUCGGCGUGGAGAGCAAAGGCCGCUGGGAGUACAGAGGGGAGUGGACGCAGGGUUUCAAAGGUCGCUACGGGCAGCUGGAGAGCACGGCCAGCGGGGCCCGGUACGAGGGAACGUGGAGCAACGGGCUGCAGGAUGGGUACGGCACCGAAACCUACUCUGACGGAGGAACCUACCAAGGCCAGUGGCUGGGAGGGAUGCGUCACGGCUAUGGCGUACGGCAGAGCGUCCCGUACGGCAUGGCCGCCGUCAUCCUCUUCCCUCUGCGAACGUCCAUAAACUCCCUCCGCUCCGAGCACAGCCACGGCCCUCCCGCUGUGCUGGAGGACGGCGCCGCCACCACGCCCACGGACAGCGUGGUGGCCGGGCUGGCGGGGAGCCCAGUGGGCCGGGGAGGGUUCGCCCUGACGGCUCCGAGCGAGGCCGAACGCCAGAGGAAGAGGAAAGGCCGCUUCCGGCAGUCCAUCCUGAGCGGCCUGAAGCUUCGGCGGUCGGAGUCCAAGAGCUCUUUGGCCAGUCAGCUCAGCAAGCAGAGCUCCUUCUGCAGCGAGGCCGGCAUGAGCACCGUCAGCUCCGCCGCCUCCGACAUCCACUCCAACGCCAGCGAGAGCGAGCAGGGCGCCCCCGUCGACGCCACCGUCACCGAGAUGUACGCCGGAGAGUGGCGCAGCGACCAGAGGGCCGGCUGGGGCGUGAGUCGGCGCUCGGACGGCCUGCAUUACGAAGGCGAAUGGGCCGCGAACAAGAGGCACGGGUACGGGUGCACCACCUUCCCAGACGGCACCAAAGAGGAAGGAAAGUACAAGCAGAACGUGCUCGUGAGUGGAAAACGCAAGAACCUGAUCCCACUGAGGGCCAGUAAGAUCAGAGAGAAGGUGGACCGGGCUGUGGAGGCGGCUGAGAAAGCCGCAGACAUCGCCAAGCAGAAAGCAGAGAUCGCCAUGUCGAGGAUGAGCCACGCUCGUGGGAAGGCGGAGGCAGCUGAAGGGGUGGCGCAGAAAGCCACGGAGGAGUGUCGCCUGGCUCGGAUCGCUGCCAAAGAGCUCUCGCCCUCCUUUCACAUCUACGGCAAUGGGCUCGAAUGUCAGAGGCCCAAGCACCAGGACGCCAAGGACAAAGACCACGAGGUCAUCUCCACGGGAACGGACAGUCCGGAGCUGUGCACUCCGGACACCACGCCGCCCGUGAUAACGCCCGAUCUCAGCCCGGUGCUGAGCGUGCCCGCCUCGCCCCCCCGCAGCCCCCCCAGACACGCCCACCGCCCCAGAAACGCUUGCUUCAUGCGGCAGAGCGCCGUGGACGAUCAGGGCGGGGCCGAGAUCCAGGUGCUGGUGGAGGGGCGGGGCGUGGACCUGCCGAGGGGAGGGGCCAACAACUGGACGGACGACAUGUACCCGGACCGAGGGGGGGGCAGCAGCCGCUCCACCACGCCGUCCCUCCUGGAGGAGCAGGAGGGCCAGAUCAACGGCCACGAGCAAGCCCCUUUACCCAACCACAAGCCGCGGGAGAAAUCCUCGUCCAAUCACAAGUCCACAAGGGAGCACGCUUCCUCCUACCGAGCGUGGGAGCACUCCUCAUCCAACCAAAAGCCCUCCAAGCACGCCUCCUCCAACCACAAGUCGAGGGAGUACUCGUCCUCCAACCACAAAACAUGGGAUCACUCUUCCACCAAUCACAAGGCCUGCGGGCAUACCUCUUCCAACUACAAGCCGCAGGUGCACAUUUUAUCCAAUCACAAGGCCUUGGAGCAUAACAUGUCCAAUCACAAGACUUCUGAGCAUGCUUCUUCCAAUCACAAGCCCCAAGACUAUAUCUCCUCCAAUCACAAUGCAAAGGACCACGUCUCGUCUAGUUACAGCCCUCGAGAGCAUGUCUACUCCAACCACCACCCAAAGCAGCACAACCCCUCCAACCACAAGCUUAGCGAGCAUGCUGUUAUCGACCAAAGGCUGGACGGCCUCACCGGGGGCUGGACCGCUGAGAGCACCCUGAGGUGGAGCCCCGCCCACUCGCGCCUCACGGAGCAGGACGAGGAGAGGAUGAACGACUACACGGUGGACAUGAGGCUCCAGUGUCCCGACUCGGGCCGUGACCGGCUGGGUCAGGAGUCCCCGGCGGCCCCCAAAAACAGCCGGCUCCGAUCCCGAGGCCUCCGGCCGGUCAGAGAGGGAUCCAUGGACUCUGUGCAGAUGCUGGACAACCUGAAUGUGGGGGCGGAGCUGGAGGAGUGGCCGCUGCACAGGGACCUCACCCUCUCCCCGCCCCUCAAGUCUCAGCCCAUCACUCUGGAGCAGGAAGGAGAGCAUCUCACCCUCAAAUCAAACUCAGGCUCCAGCUCUAUUCUGGUGGUUAUGGUCAUUUUACUCAAUAUUGGAGUAGCCAUUCUUUUCAUUCACUUCUUUAUUUAAGCUUAUACAGGUAUGAUCUACUAAGACUUAUUGAUAACUAUAUUCUAUUGUUACGUGCUGAGACGGACCGGAGCCCGCGGCCUGAGUGACGGACACAGCCGAGCCUUUCUACAGUCACAGCUACUCUGUCUUUUUCCACCAUCUGUUGACGCCCAUUUCCACCAAAAGCACCGGUUCCUUUUUGCUUAUUUUAAGCUUGCGACCAUAUGGAGAUUUAAAAAAACAAAAAAGAAGAAGAAGAAGAAGAAGGAGAAGAAAGGGGGGUGGUUAAAGAGUGCAGCUUUAAAUUAUCAUGGAUGGGAGGAGAAUAUAGCAACUCAUGAGGAACCCUCCAUCCUCAACCCUUCUUUUUCCUUUUUCCUCCCUUUUUCCAACCAGUUCCUCUAUUCGCACUAUGCGCUACACAACAGAACUAUGCUGCAAGAGUAGAUCCAUUUUAAAGGGCUCCGUCAUUAUUCUUUUCUCUUUUUUUUUUGUUUUUUUUGUUUUUUAAAUUUUUUUGUCCACCACAAAAACCUACACACAAACACACACACAACCAUUUGCAUGAGGCUGUGUGAAGUUUUAAAAAGUGCAUUUUUCUAUCCCUUUAACAUCACCAUUCUGUUCCCCCCCCCGGAUUAUUCAUCCAUCCACGUACUUAUUUUAAUCCAUCCCACCGAGAUCGACACAGUCUAGUCUAAUCCCGAAAUUUAUUUAUUUAUUUACACAAAACAUACGUGGGAAAUUUUAACGUCGAGCCAACACGAAAACAUCCGCACGCAAAAAAAAGACAAAGACACACACUAGAAACACGCUGACAUACUGAGGUGGAUUCAGCCUUGCCCCUUUGUACAGCCUGGAGACUGUUAUGUUAUAACCACUAAUUCUACUAUAUACGUGUAUGUGUCAUUAUUAUUAUUAUUAUUAUUCAGAGUUUGUUACUUUUUUGCAGUUUGCAAGACAGAGAGAAUGCUGAGUGCCUCGUAUUUAUUCAUUUUCCGUCUCAAAACUUUAUUUGAAAAUUUGAAAAACCCCCCCGAGCCUCGACGAAACCCCUGCUGACCCCCCCUACAACCUCCUCCAUCCCCCCCCCCCCCCACUCUAAAAACCUCCCCCCCCCCUCCCUCCUGAAGUCCUGACAUCCUGAAAAUGGCAUGCACUGUUUUUGUCUCCCAGUCCAAACGGGAAAAAAAACGUGGGGGUUUCUAACGGUGUCGUUUCCAGACACUUUUUUUGUUUGUUUCGGGCCGGAUGAGAUUUUUUUCAGCAUGUACGUUUAAAGCCUGCUCAACUCUGGUGUCGGUUUGUGAGUUUCUCCCCCCUCUCCCCCCUCUCCCUCUCCCUCUCGUCUCUCUUAUCCAGCAACACGAGGCUACGUGAGACACGGAGAGCGGUGUAAAAUAAAAAAACGCUAGCUUUUAACUCUCAGUGGAUAACAGAAAAACGUCCUUAUGAGUUUAUGAAUGAUAUUAAAAAGAAACUCUACUGCUACUGUAUGUUUUAUACUUCGCACCCAGUGGCAUCAUCAUGUUGUGACAUCAUUGCAUGCCCGAGCAUGCUCUUUCUUACUCUUUGGUUUAUGAGGUUGUUUCGAAGUUAAUGUGGAGAAAAUAAUGAAAUGUUUGAAAUUAA